AACUUUGACACUUGAUAUGUCACUGUUGUUGCUUUUGGGUUGGUAACAUUUUUUGCUAAAAAAUAAGUUUGGGCUAAAUACAUUGUGCAGGGGUACAUAAAACAGAACUAUAUUGAGCAUUAAAUUGACAUGUGAUUGCCCACCAAUCCACCCCAACUGAGUACUUGGUUUUGCGAGUGGCAUGAAAGGAAGAGAAAACAAAGUGAAGUGAAACUGCUUUAACAACAAUAUCCAGUAAAAACAAGUGACUCUCUCACAGUUCAGCGCACUCUUUAAGAAACAGACAUAUCUGUUUCUAUCACUGAUGGUCUAUCACUGCACUAAAACAGUGUUUCUACUUUGAAAAUGCUGUAAAAUGUUCUUUAAACGUAAACUAGAAGAUACAAAAAAUCCUGAAAUAUACCAAGAUAUGAAAUUCCUCAUUUACCUUCUUUAUGAUUAAUGAUGUAAUUUUUAGUGCAUUAGACAUAUAUUAUAAAUAUCCACUCAUCUUACAACUACUUGGCAAGUGCGGGACCAUGGAGAUAUUUAAAAAUGUUUCUAAAUACAUACAUUCUUUUCAAAUGGUCAAUGGAAAAAUAACAUAAAAUAAAAAGGUAUUUAAAACCUGUGAGAGAUUUAUGCUAGUCUGCUAAAACUAAGAGUGAGAAUACACUAAUUUCAAAAUAUGUGCUAGCCUAUAUUGUCAAAGCCCUUGAAUAAGGGGUGCAUUUUCAAAUUAGACUGGGAGGUGCCUCUACUGAAGACACACCUCAUUUCUUAAGAGUAGGUGGAGUUCUGUUGCUGUCUGUAUAUUUACUCAGCUUCUUCAAAGAGCAUUUAGUGGACUUGCUGCAUCUGGGUAACUUUUUGCAUAUCUGGAUAACUUCUUACAGCAAAAAACAUAAUGCCCUCAAACUUUCUGACACCCUUUGUGGAGCUGGAUGAUGAGUUUUCCAAGAAUUUUCACAGUCUGGAUGUGACAGGUGGCACAAUAUAUGCUAAUCAAAAGCAGCACACAGUGGGAUUUCAACGCAGUCACUCUGUAUGUCCUGGCACACUCUUUAACAAGAUAAACAGCAGCAGCACUGAAAUGGUCAACAAGACUGUCUGCUGGCCAAUCCACUAUAGAAGCCAGGAUUGGAACCAGGACCAGCAACAGAAAUUGCCCAGAUCCUCGAUUAGUCAUAUUCCUUUUCGCGUCGACCGCUCAGUCAGCAUGAUCGAGGGAAGCCAUGUUAGAAUUGGUGUCGGUGAACAUGAACAGGCCGUGAUGCAGAGCCUUACACCACCUGAUUUUAAUACAAGCACAAAUUCUUUAUCAUCUCCAAAAUCUCCCAGCCCCACAUCCCCUUUGUCCACUCGAUAUAAGACUGAGCUCUGUCGCACUUACGAGGAAAGCGGCACUUGUAAAUAUGACACCAAAUGUCAGUUUGCUCACGGCAUAGAGGAGCUACGAGGACUAAACAGGCACCCAAAGUACAAAACAGAACCUUGUCGUACGUUCCACACAAUUGGCUUUUGUCCUUAUGGUUCGCGUUGCCAUUUCAUUCAUAAUGCAGACGAGCAACUACAUCAACUGAGAGAGCGGCUCCCAAUAUUACUCAAUGGUUUCCAGUCUGUCCAACAGCAUGUGACAUCCUCAAAAGCUUCCCUGUUAUCUUUCCUCUCUUCACCUGGAACGCCAGAACUCCUGUCCCCUGCCUUCUCGGAAUAUCUGGAACUAGGGACGAUAAAGAACAACUACCCAUUAUCCACUGAGCUUGGCAGCGAUCAGCUUGCCAGCCCUUGCUUUAAUGCAAUAACCGAUUUGACAGGUCAUACAAACUAUACACUGAAGACCAGUGGCCAGAAUCACAGUUUCAAUUCAUUCCUACUCUCAGAGCGGCCUUUAUUACAGAGAACUAUAUCUGCCGAUUCAUUGUCUGAUCCGGAUGGCUACGCGAGUUCUGGCAGUCUGAGUGGCAGUGAAUCUCCAAGCCUUGAAGGAAAGCGCCUACCGAUUUUCAGUCGUCUGUCAAUUCUUUAAAAUAUAUGUGCAUAUUGCAUUUAUGAAGCUAUUUUGGUAUUAAUGAAUAAACAGUCGAGUUUAUCAAAAUGAACCCAUUAUUGUAUACUGUUGUAUACCAGUUUAGAUGUGGUGGGUAGCUUUAUAGGAAUAGAAUUCUGUUUAGGAAUUUUUUUGUACCCAUUUAUAGGAAAAGAUGUGCUGAAUGAAUAGGAAGAUAUGUUUUGGUAGAGAGGCCUUAUCAAGAGUGACUACAUAACUGGACAUAUUUGUCAAUUGCAAUAUAAAAAUGAUUCAUCAAACAUAAGCAUGAUUUUGAAUCAAAUUUGUGAAAGAAUGCUUUAAAUCUAAUAGUGUAUGCUCUGAAUCAUAUUUGUAUUUUAAAAUGUUGUAAGAUAGUCUAACCACAGGACUUUUAUUUUAUGAUUAUGGAUUUUAUUUUCUUUUUUAUUUAUUCCUGUAUUAUUAUACAGAUUGUGAUGAAUUCAAUGAAAAAAUGCUUUGAGUAGCUUAAUCACUUUUUCGUUAGUAAAAAUUUACUGCCAAUUUCAGUUUUUCAUAUCUGACAUUUUGUAUUGUACACAUGAAAAUGCUUAUCAUUAAGAUUUUAUCUUGCAAGACAAAUUUUUACAGUUUUGGAAAUGCAACGUUUCAGGAGUCUUAGAAACAGUGGACUAGUCAUUGUAGUCAAAGUAAAUGAUUUUGUUGGUCAUUUGAUAUCCUCAGAUGAUUCAAAGAAGAGCAUUUUUAGUAGAAAUACUAUGUAUUUAAUUAGAUGAUUGAACUAAGUUUGCCUUCAUGUGUUUUUAUUAUGUUUUAUUUCAUGCUUGUUUCAAAUAUUUAGGUAAAUGUUUCAUAUUGGUGGAAACAAAGUGUUGCAUCUGCCUUAACCUUUUGACUUUGGCAUAUACAGUUGUAAAUUAUAAACCUAUUUAUUUCGUUAUUAAGUAAAACUAUAUUUUGCAAGUCGGCUAUAAAUAAUUUAACAUAUUUUUACACAGCAGUGCAUUAAAUCUUACUGUUUAAUAUAUUUUUGACACUUUUAAAAUAAAACUGUUCAUCU